UCAGUGCUCAGCAACAUUACUUGCCUCUCUGUGAGGCAAUAAGAAAAAGUUGACACUGAUCACAAGCUGUAAGAUUUAGGAUUCUCAUGCUACCUUGUUUACACGAUGGACGGCUUUGUCAUAUCACCUGCUCCAGAGGAAAUCAAUCCAAAUGAACCAAAGGAUUACAGACCGCCUGCAGAGCUGUACCCUUUUCUCACUAAUGUUGGGGAGAUUUAUGAUGACCACAGAUGGACCUUCCACUCUGAGCGCAUUCAGGCUACGGACUUUGAAAAUUCUCCGGUGAAUCACCUCACAGAGCUUCAAUCUGUGUCUCCUCAAACACUCAUGCAGCCGUACCGCUACAGCAGCGAGCCUCUGGCCCUCCACCUGGACCCAACACUGGGAGCUCUCUCUGUGUCACCACAGAUCCCAUUUUACACAUCAACCCUGUGCUACCAGUACCAAUCCCCAGCCUCACCUGGUCAGUACUACUCCGAGGAGGAACCCAGAGGAGUCAGUCCUCCACUAGAGGUAUCAGAAGGAGAGGAUGAAUAUGGGGAUCACAACCACCCCUCCUACAGGAGGGACACAAGCAACAGGAAGAAAAUCCGCCUGUACCAGUUCCUCCUGGACUUGCUCAAAAACGGGGAUAUGAGAGACAGCAUCUGGUGGGUGGACCAGGACAAAGGCAUCUUCCAGUUCUCCACAAAGCACAAAGAAGCUCUGGCCAAUCACUGGGGUAUUCAGAAAGGAAACCGCAAGAAAAUGACCUAUCAAAAAAUGGCUCGAGCCCUGAGGAACUAUGGUAAAACUGGAGAGAUCAAAAAAGUCAAAAAGAAGCUGACUUAUCAGUUCAGUGAAGAAGUGCUGAGGAACCAGUAUGUGCGCCAGUAUCCUCACUAAGGGAACAAAGCCUGUCCAUCAUUAUGAUGAAAUCCCAAAUCUAACCAGGGAUCGGUUUGUCCUGCUUGCAGUUUCACUUGGUUUUACUAACAAGUUUUCUCUCCUAUUUAUUAGUUAUGCCAGUGUACAAUUCUAUGUGGCUUCAUCUGUCAUAUAAAAUCCUUCAUUUCAAAUUCA